AUGGCUCACAACUCUCAUGUUGCCAUGUUUGUGCCCUUGUCCAUCUUGAUGGUAUUGGUGAUUUCGAACGUCUACGUUUGGGAAGCGAACGUGGCCGGAGAGUGUGAGGGUACCCCCAUCCGGUUGGCCACCGCCAGCUUGAGUCCUUGCCUGGGGGCAGCUAGAGACGCCCGGGCUAAGGUCCCGCUCGCCCGCUGCGCCAAAGUCAACGCGCUCAUCCGCACCACUCCUCGCUGCCUCUGUGCCGUCUUGCUCUCUCCUCCAGCGAAGCAGGCCGGGAUUAUGCCGGCCACGGCUAUCUCGAUCUCGAAGAGGUGCAACAUUAGGAACAGGCCCGCCGGAAAGAAAUGUGGGAGAUGUACUGUAUACCCUGAGCAACAAAUGCUGAGCCCGGCCCAGGAUAGGAGGAGGACGUUAAUCAAAGUAAUGGCUUGA